GUAAAAAUUAGACGCACACAAAUUUUAGUCCUUGUAAAGCAAUUUGUAAAGUGUUUUUAAAAUAAAACUAGAAAUGGCAAGCGGUGCGAAAACUUUACGACUUGUGAAUUCUUUGAUACGCUCUCGUUUGGCUAUGGUCAACGAACUCUCAGAGGUUUACAAGCCUUCUAUUACCAGGAAUAAGGAAAAACUAAUAGAACUUAUAAAAGAAAAGGCUGCUCAAGCACGUCAAUCAGAAAUAGCAAAAAAACUCAAGGUUGCUAAAGGAUACUAUACUUUAGAAAUGGCACCUCCUAGCGGCAAUGAAAUGCAGAAACUGCAAUCUGAUUUGGCCUUAGUGAAGGAAUUCUUUCAAUCUGGUUGUUUCAAAUACCUCACCGUGAAGCAGGCUUGGUUGCUGAUCCUCGUGGGAACUGAAAUCGGAUUGUGGUUUUUCCUUGGGGAAACUAUUGGAAAGAUGCACAUCGUUGGCUACAAAGUGUAAACAAGUGUCAUUGAGAAUAUUUGCUUGAAAAAUAAACUUGUUACCUAAUAAA